AUGACUCCAGCUCCGUUUACAUCGGGGAUGAUGGGGGUGGUGGCAGUGUUUGGCAUGCUGGCACCAGCUGCCGUCGAAGGACACGGCUUCUGCAUCGAGCCAAUUAGCCGGCAAUACCUGCGAUCAAAGGAAUUUAAUGAGGGCGACGAGUACUACGUGGAGAAGUGGGCGGGAUCCUUCAACGGAGGAGGUGCUGACGCGGUCCAGGCCCGAACAAUCGACAACAUCGAUCCUGACAUCCUUGCCGACUACGGUGGCGGCGACGUCUGGAUCGUGGGGGCGGCUUGGGACAAGGGGGAGAGGUGCCCGAACAACAACUACCUCGAGAGCGACAAGAUUGCCGUCGGACACGGCGUGUGCGGGGAUCCUCCUCAGGGCGGCUUGGACAACCCGAACACGUACAGCACCCCGAACACCCUCUGGCCUCCCAUCUCGACGUACACGUCGGGAUCCAUCAUCGAGCUCAAGGCCGUCAUCAACAACAACCACUGGGGGCACAUCGAGUACUUCCUGUGCGAUACCGCUGACAUGGACGACCCUGACGGCGUGGUGACCCAGGACUGCUUGAACAUGUACCCGCUCGACCGCGACGAGACCGAUUGGUGGAACAGCCCCAUCGACCCGGACUACCCCGGGCGUUUCUUCGUGAACCCCGAGUGCCGCGGUGAAAAUGGAGAGACCGACCAAACAGGACGGCCCAUGCUCAACGACGGGGAGGUUGGCCUGGACAAUGGCUACAUCAACGUUGGACGUUACCAUCUGCCGAACAUCCAGUGCGAGCACUGCGUCCUCCAGAUGAAAUACUACGCGUACGUCGGGUGCCACCACCCCGGCUACCACGAGUUCGAGCCCGAGUGGCCGGGAGAUUGCGCGCCGGACAAAGAGGAUUGGCUGCCGCACAAGAACCCCGGUUGCAGCGACGAAGGCCAGAAGUGGGGCAACGUGUUCUUCGGCUGCUCCGACAUCACUCUGCUGGCCGACGGCGAAACGUCCUCCACGGCUCCCGCGGCACCCACGCCGGACCCUGAACCUGAACCGACUCCCGAGCCGACACCGGAACCGACUCCCGAAUCGACCCCUGAACCUACUCCCGAAUCGACUUCCGAGCCUACUCCCGAAUCGACGCCCGAGCCAACCCCCGAACUGACUCCGGAGCCUACUGCUAGGCCAACUCCCGAGUCGACGCCCGAGUCAACCCCCGAACCGACGCCUGAGCCUGAGCCCACUGCGGAGCCCGAACAACCAGUUGCUGCUCCUGUGUACGAAAUGCCCGUAACCAUGCCCGUCGACGAGGGUUACUCGUACGUUGGCUGCUUUGCGGACAGCAAGGAAGACCGAGUGUUCGAGUACAUGAAGACUUCGUCAACCAUGACCACCGCGGUGUGCCUCGAGUACUGCUUGGACAGGCGAGCAACCUACAUGGCCACCCAGUACGGAUACGAGUGCUGGUGCAGCGUCGACGCAGAAGUCGAGUACGACCGCCACUCCGAUGGCGUGUGCGAUCACGCGUGCGGCGGGGAUGCAGCCGACAUUUGCGGUGGCUUCGACGCUUUCGACCUCUACAAGAUCACGGAACCGACGGAACCCACGGGCGAUGAGUACGUGGGGUGCUUCGCCGACGACCGGGAAGACCGGUUGUUGGGCGACGAGAUCAAGUUGCAGCCCGACAUGACCCAGGCCGUCUGCCGCACGUACUGCGAGGAACGCGACGCCUACUUCUACGCCACCCAGUACGGCGACGAGUGCUGGUGCGGAAUGUCCAACGACGAGGAGGACUACAAGAGGCACGGGCGAGGAUCAUGUCUCGCGGGCUGCUCCGGUGACCCUACGGUUGCGUGCGGUGGGUUCGAUGCGUUCAACUUGUUCAAGUUUGACGGAAUCGCCGAACCUAUCGCUCCCACACCGGAACCUGUCGCUCCCACACCGGAACCUGUCGCACCCACACCGGAACCUGUAGCACCCACACCGGAACCUGUCGCUCCAACACCGGAACCUGUCGCACCCACACCGGAACCUGUCGCUCCCACACCGGAACCUGUCGCACCCACACCGGAACCUGUAGCACCCACACCUGAACCUGUCGCUCCCACACCGGAACCUGUCGCGCCCACACCGGAACCUGUCGCGCCCACACCGGAACCUGUCGCACCUACACCCGAACCGGUUGUCGCGCCCACACCUACCAACGACUGCAUGGUGGUCAUCAUCGAAGCCGAAGACCUCCCGGUCAACGGUGACUGGCGCAUCGUCCAGGACAAUGCCGCCAGCGGCGGGGCUUACAUCACCUGGGAGGGGCUGUCUGAGGCCCAAAACAACAGCGACCCGGCGGACGGCGACAUCAUCUCCACCAGCGUGCAGAUCCCCACCGCGGGCACCUACUCGUUCAAGUGGGCCAUGCGCCAGCCUGACGGCGUCGAGAGCGACAAGGCCAACGACAGCUGGCUGAACUUCCCGGACGCGGAUAGGUUCGGGCCGGCCGGCACCUCCAAGAGCUACGGCACCUUCGUGAAGGUGUACGGUAACGCCGCGGACGGCGUUUUCAAGUAUCAGGGGACCGCCGAGGAGGAGAACGGCGACCACACCCAGAUCGCCAUCGAGUUUGCCGCGGCCGGCGAGUACGAGAUGGAAAUCGGAGGCCGUUCGCACGGCCACCAGAUCGACCAGAUUGUUUUGUUCGGGGACUCCCUCAAGGUCGACGACGCUGUUGCUGGCUGCUAGGAGUGUAAGGUUCAGCGUGAUGGGGAGUCCCUGCUCCCGUUGUCGUCACAGGGAGUGAAUGGAGGCUUGGUUGCCGGAAUGUUUUUGAUGCAUAGCUCUUACUCACUCGCCGGAAAUCGAUCCGUGGAC